AGUAGAUUUCGUGGCGUUUACUAAACAUUGCAAGGAACUGUUUUCAAUAGCUGAACACAGGGGGAAACAGAUUAGCACAAAAUAAAAGGUAAUCCUAAUUUUAAUAACAAAUCAAUACAAUGUAUGGGUGUAAACUAAAUUGUAAUCUGUGUUUUUUUUUGUUUUUUUUUUAACGAAUCUGCUGAUGGCGUAGCCCAGACUGUACUGCAGCAGGAAGGGGCUGUCGAGGGCUUUGGGUUUCAGGUGCGAGCAGGUGAAGCAAUUGAACUGUAUGGGGAAGAUCUGCGAAUAGCAACUACAGAAUAUUGUUUUUGGGGAUACGUGUAAUAAACUUCGUAUCCCUCUAAAACCAGGAGUUAUGCUGUUAUAUUCAUUAACUAAACCGAAUCCGAGAUUUGAUUGCGAAAGUUUACACCGCUUCGUGUACCUCAGUUUACUGUAGUGCAUGCAAUAAUAUUUAGUUUUUUUAAGAAUAAUAUUGUCAGAAUUGUAGAACUUUUGUCAGACAGUAAGGAGUCAGGAUUUGAAACAAAGAUGUAAAGCUGUUUUGUGUUUUUUUGUUGUUGUUGUUUUGUUUGUUUGUUUGUUUGUUUUUUUUGGGGGGGGGGGGGUUGCAUUAGAAACAAACAGCUAAAGCAGAAAAAUCACAUGGAAUAAUCAUAAUAAUCAUUUAAUAACCGUGAAUGUGAUUGCACAAGCUACAGCAGCUUUGUAAACCUUUUAUAAUCGUAUGUAAGGAUAUACCUGAAUUUAAAAAUCCAAGCAUCUCCGUAAUGUGUGACAAAUAUUAACUUUCUUAUACCGGGAGCUGAAAUGACAAACUACUCGAGCACCAUUCAUUGGACCGCCCUGCAUUAAGUAGCAAAACUAUGUAGAAAAAACAAUAUAAAGAUGAAGAGACACAGACGAGUCUUAUUUUGGCUGUUAAAUUUUACCGAGCGUUUUGAAAACCAUAGUGGACUUAGCUCAGAGGGUAAAAACACUGAUCCCGCAACAAGGGAAACGCCUCUGAACUGACUGAAACUUCAAAUCAUAAAACGUACAUAAACAGAGCCAUGGGACUGGCACCGAGCGAGCCGUGCAUCUAUGAGAAGCUGUCUGAAAGUGUCGAUAUCCUGAGGCGAUCCGGGUAUCGAUAUGGAAUGUCGGAGAGGGAGAUCGAGAAGUUCAUAAAGCAGAUGCUGGAAACCAGUGAGCCCAGGCGAGAGCCGCCCCAGUUCCCCAUCCUGCUGGCAGCGUGCAAGCUUGUAAUUGCUCUGGGGUUCCUCUUGGUGGCAGUGCUGGCAUUCACCUACCCUCUUAGCUCUCCACAGUACAGGUUCCUUGUGGGUCGUGCUCACAACUGGUCCUCUCCCAUCAGCCACGUGCGCCUCCUGUCUCUGCCCAUUGCCAAGAAGUACAACCUCCAAGGGUUCCACGAGUGGUGGAGAUCCCAUAAGAAGGGGCGCUCUGGAGCUGCAGUGAACUGCUCUGAAUGUGCCUCGGUAGCAGCUGUGCUGGAGGUGUGGCAGGGUCAGGGCUUCCCAGACUGCAUCCUUCAGGGCGUGCAGCCCGUAAUGAUCGAGGGUGGCCAGUCCUUAUCCCUGUCCUAUGGAGACCUGAAGCAGCUCUACUCCAGGCAGCAGGAGUUCAUGGACCUUUUCAUCCGGGAGCAGGAAAACCUGAUCGUCCUGGCGCAGGAAUUCCCAAAGGAGCCGUCCAACUUCAUACUGCUGUGGAAGCCUCAGCUGGUGAGCCAUCAGGAGGUGCUGCAGGGGCUGUUCCCCAGUGCGGAGCUGCAAAGAGUCCUGGUCAGGGAGGGGGUCUCUCUGAAGCGCUGCCUGGUGACAGACAGCCAGGGGCUGCAGAGCAGGGCCCUGCAGGUGUACAGAUGGCUGGUGGUGGGGAGCGGGCAGCCUUCGCUGAGAAUCCUCCCUCUCACGGAGUGCCGAGGGCAGUGCAGCUCCUUCAGCUUGUGGCUGGAACCAGGGGACAUGGUCUAUGCCGAUUCCAAGUUCUGGCAGAUGGACCUGUUUCCAGGCAGGGGACAGAGCAUUGUUUGUGACGGCUUUGCUUUCUAACCAGCCCCUGUGGAAAGAUGAGCGGACGCCAGCCAGCUCUUGCAGCGAAACCACAACGUCUGUCUGUCUGACUUGUCUGCUGAUUAAGGACUUUACCAGGAAGCCCCUAAACCAGGCCCAGAAUUGUGAUUGGAUCCCUCCUGCACUAAAUGGUGUCUACACAGCCAGCUGCCUGACUUCACCAGCGCUGGUCAAAAUGCAAGGAACAUCUUGUAAACAACAGACUUGACCAGCGGAGCUCUCUCCAAAUCUGUGUGGCAGUCUGUCAGUGAGAACCGCAGUGAGCUUGUUUUGUGGAAGCUGACCACUGCUGUGUUUUGUGCUGUGUUUCUGAAAAAAAAACAAAAAAAAAACUGUAUUUAAAUGUACGUCUGUUUUGAAUUAGCAGCGGACAGUUUAAGGAAUGGCUGUCUCAAGGGCCCUGUCGAAUCGCUACAAUAGCAACGAGGCUGGACCUGGCAUGCUGAACCCAUACUUAUUGGAAAGGUCCUGUGUUUGUAUUCCUGAGUCAGUUCUGUGCAGUAACUGAUCUGCUUAGCAGACUGUGCAUUACAUCAGGGUUGGGUCAGUUUGCAGAAGUCUGUCUUCGUGCAGAGAGUAUAUAGAAUAAAAAAAACACUACAACCGGUUUCACACAAGCCUGCUUUGUUUUGUCCUGCUGUAUUUUUCAUUCUGAAUAUUCUUGUUUUUGAUUAUUUUUGGGCUCUAGUGUGUCUCCGAUACUUUUCAGGUCAGUACGCACGCGAGUGAAAGGUUUACCCCUGUGGUUUGCACAUCACCCAGAUGCUCCCAUCACUCGAAUCUCUCUGAAGGGUAAAGCCUGUGCAGUUUGAAGGGCAGGUCUGUCUGCCCUGCGGAAUGUUCCACGCCUCAGCUGUGUCGCUCAUGACAUCGUCGCACCUGUCCCAGUGAGCUCAGCCCCUCUACCCCCGGGGCACCAGUUUCCUCUGGGGGUCCCGGCUGCUUCUCGCUGGCUUCCACAUCGCAUGGAACGCAUUAUCUUGUUUUCCUGCAAAAAUCAGAAUCUCUGGGUUUUAUUGCAUAACAGUGACUAAGCCUCAUGUCUUAAGCGAUAUUCAAGUAUGUGGAGCAUGGUCUUCACCAUUCCACCUUGCUUAACUGUGUGUGCAUGUCAUUACUAUACACUUCCAGCACUGCAGAUGCCAUUCACGGGCAUUUCCUUUUCCAGCUAAAUCACUUCUCCCUGCAUUCUCCG